AUGAGUUCCUUGGUAGCCAUUAUCGAAUUCACACUUAACCGCGUGUUCCUUGGGUCACCCGGAACAGGUAAGACGACGGUGGCCAAACUUUAUGGGCAGAUUCUUGUUGACCUUGGAUACUUGUCGAACGGUGAAGACACCAUUGGCUGCGAAGCUAUAAUUAAUAAGCUUGAGGACUACCGCCUGACCGUUAAACACCUCCGAGAGCUUGAGAUUGACCCAAGGCAACACGUGCCGUUCAACUUCCUUUUCCGGGGGCCUCCAGGAACAGGGAAAACAAGUACAGCCAGGAAGAUGGGCCAGGUGUACUAUGAUUUGGGUUUGCUAUCAUCCGCGGAGGUCAUCGAAAGCUCAGCAACCGAUUUGGUGGGGCAAUAUAUCGGGCAUACCGGUCCUAAGACACAGGAGCUGCUAGAGAAAUCACUUGGGAAGGUUCUCCUUAUUGACGAGGCAUAUAGACUCGCGGAAGGACAAUUCGCAAAGGAGGCAAUGGAUGAAAUUGUCGACUGCAUUACAAAACCCAACUUCUUCCAGAAACUUAUUAUCAUUUUAGCAGGAUACGACCAGGACAUCAAUCGUCUCAUAAACAUCAACCCGGGCUUGACUAGUCGGUUCCCGGAAGAGCUUGAGUUCGCCAGUAUUACACCCGAUGAUUGCAUCAAACUUCUCACGAAGCUACUUCAGAAACAGAAGUCUGAUUUUGGGUUGAAAAUAAACGGGUUUGACCUGGACGCAUUGGAGUCUCCGCGGCCUGAGUUUACGAAGAAAUUGCGGAGUCGUUUUACCAGACUUACUCAGACCGCGAACUGGGCCAAUGCGCGUGAUAUCCAAACAAUCUCGAAAUCAAUCUUUGGAGUUGCAAUUAAGUCGAUGCGAGAUAAGAAGAUCGCCAUCUGCGAGGAUCUUGUCAUUAGUUCUCGGUCGGCAGCCCGUUACGCCAGUGCUAACCACAACAUUCAACCCGCCUGCAGCCUCUAA